UUGUACGUCCUCUCAUUAAGUGCAGAAACAAACGUAAUUCCAGUUAUCUGCUUCUUUCAGGCUUCAUAUCGCUUUAACCUAUUCUUCAUUGUGGUGGCAUCUUCACUAUUAUUACUGUACGAUGUUUGUGAGAGAGGUUUUCAACUGAGCAAUCCUUUCUAUAGCAUAUGGUCGAGCGAGGCUGGAUCUGCGAUAGCUAAGUUGUCCGUUUACGCAGCAUCAUUGUGUACUAUCAUCUACUUUGUGUUCUUAUUUGGCAAAAUAUGGAAAGUUUGGUUCACCAUCAAAAGUAAACGUUCCGCUCAGUUAUACAAAAACUGCGAAAAUAGACGUUUAAAGGUAGAGUCUAUCAUAUACCGUUUCAAGUUUCUCAUGAUUCUCACGCUGUUAUGUGCAGGACUAACGAUUUCUUGUUAUAUAAUGAAACAGUAUGGAGAAGCUCAAAUCCAUUCUGAUGAGCCUGAAGAUAGUGUGUUGACGCACAGCACGUCAGCAUUUUUCACUGGAACGUUUGGAAUGUGGAACAUAUAUGUUCUGCUACUACUCGCCAUGUACGCUCCUUCACACAAAUGCUAUUCUGGUGUGGCAGAGUUGGUUGACGAGAAUGAAGAUCUGAUGGAUAGCACGUACGAAGCGAACCCCAUGACUACGUUCUUGAAGCCUGCAACUGACUAG